UUAUUCAUAACAAUAAAUUCAAAUACGUUUGAGUCAUCUGAAGUUCGAUUCUUUGACGCCCGUCACGAUAUAUCGUCGGGCACGCCCGAUCUAAAGCUAAUUGAACCAAGGACCUUGGGACUAGAAUAUUACGUAGAUCAUCACGAUGAUAAUUUUUACAUAUUGACAAAUGCGGAUGGCGCUCGAAAUUUCAAGCUUGUCAGAGUGAAAGUGGAAAAUGUUGGGAAAAGGUACUGGGAAACCAUUCUUACUGUCAAGGAAACAGAAAAGAUAGAAGAUGUCGAAAUUUUUCGUAAUUUUGCAGUCAUAUUUGCUAAGAGGGAAGGGUUACCAGUUAUCUUAUGUUAUAAUCUGUGGACUUCAGAGAUUCAUCAAAUUGAAUUGCCUAUCAAGUAUUGUACUAUUUCGCCCGGGAUAAAUAACAAUUAUGACACAGACACUGUUCGAUUUACAUAUAGUUCACCCUUCACUCACGAGUCCAUCUACGACUAUGAUAUGAAACUGCGUAAUCUAAAGUCGAUGACGGUUCAUCCUAUGCAGGAUUUUGAUAGUAAUUUAUAUACUUGUCAUCGUGUUCAUGCAAAAUCUUCCGACGGCACAAAAAUACCAAUAACAUUGCUACAUAAGAAAUCCUUACCGUUGAAUCACGAUAACCCCUUAUUGGUUCGAUCAUAUGGGGCUUACGGGAUCUCAACAGAACCCGAAUUCCAACUUGAACACUUUCCGAUUUUAGAAAGAGGAUGGGUAAUAGCGCUUGCACACGUCAGAGGAGGGUCGGAAAUGGGGUUUUCUUGGUAUGAUCAAGGACGAAUGAUGCAGAAGAAAAAUUCAUUCACGGAUCUCAUUUCCGUUGUUGAGCAUUUGAUUGACGCAGGAUACACAGAUCCUUCACGGGUUUCGACUAUUGGCACCAGUGCCGGAGGUUUGCUAAUGGGCACGGCCUUCAUUAUGAGACCAG